AUGACAUGGAGUCAGGGACGGGAACGGGAGAAGCCCAGCGGGGACGCGGAAGCAGGGACGGGAACGGGAGGGGACCAGGAGAAGACCCCCAGGGACGUAGGGGCAGGGACGGGACCGGGAAGCGACCGGGAGAUGCCCGGCCGGGACCGCGAAGCGACAGCGACUGGCCGAGCGGGACCGCGACGGGCCCGGCGGGGAAGGGACCGCGACUGGCCGAGCGGGGCCGCGACGGGCCCGGCGGGGAAGGGACCGCGACUGGCCGAGCGGGGCCGCGACGGGCCCGGCGGGGACGGGACCGAGACGGGACCAGGAGGAGGCCGGCGGGACGGGACCGCGACGAGGCGGCAGCGAGGCGACCGCGACGAAUCCCGGAGGAACCCAGCGGGGGCGGGGACGGGACCGCGACGAGCCCGGCGGGUUACGCGACCACGACGGGACCGGGAUGACCAUAGCGGGGACGGGACAAGGACGGGACUGCGACGAGCCCGGCAGAAACGGAACCGCGACGAGCCGGGCAGCGAGGCGACCGCGACGAAUACCGGAAGAACCCGGCGGGGGCCGGACGGGACCGCGACGGGACCGGGAGGAGGCCGGCAGGGACGGGACCGCGACGGGACCGGGAGGAGGCCGGCAGGUCCCUGUAGACCUCUGCAGACCCCUGCAGACCCCUAUGAACCCCGACAGAUCCCUAGAGAGUCCUGCAGCGCCCUGCAGACCCCUAUGAACCCUUGCAGAUGCCUACGAACACCUGCAGACCCCCGCAGACCCCAUGAGAACUCUGCAGAGCCCUGCAGAGCCCUACGAACCCCUGCAGACCGACGAGCCGAGCAGCGAGGCGACCGCGACGAAUCCCGGAGGAACCCGGUGGGGACGGGCCCGCGACGGGACCGGGAGGAGGCCGGGGGAACGGGACGGCGACGGGACCGGGAGGAGCCCAGCGGGGGCGGGGACUGGACCGCCACGAGACGGGCGGGGACGGGCCCGCGACGGGACCGGGAGGAGCCCGGGGGAACGGGACGGCGACGGGACCGGGAGGAGCCCAGCGGGGGCGGGGACUGGACCGCCACGAGACGGGCGGGGACGGGCCCGCGACGGGACUGGCGGGGGCGGGGACGGGCACGGGCCCGCGACGAGACCGCCACGAGACCGGCGGGGGCGGGACCGCCACGAGCCCGGGAAGAAAUCGGCGAGGGCGACGACAGGACCGCGACGGGAGAGAGCCGCAGGAGCGCGGCGCGGGACUGGGAGAGCGGCAGGAGCGCGGCAGGAGCGAAACAGAGGGAACGGGACACUGGCAGGAGCGCGGCGGGAAACGGGGCGAGCGACAGGAGCGCGGCGGGGGACGGGGCGAGCGGCAGGAGCGCGGCGCGGGACCGGGAGAGCGGCGGGAGCGCGGCGGGAGGGAAACGGAGGGAACGGCACACCGGCAAAAGCCCGGCGGGGACUAGAGAGCGGCAGGAGCGCGGCGGGGACCGGGAGAGCGGCAAGAGCGCGGCGCGGGACCGGGAGAGCGGCAAGAGCGCGGCGGGAGGGAAACGGAGGAGCGCGGCGGGGGACGGGAAGAGCGGCCGGAGCGCGGCGCGGGACCGGGAGAGCGGCCGGAGCGCGGCGGGGGAGCGGGAGAGCGGCAGGAGCGCGGCGCGGGACCGGGAGAGCGGCAGGAGCGCGGCGCGAGACCGGGACAGCGGCAGGAGCGCGGCGGGGACGGAGAGAGCGACAGGAGCGCGGCAGGAGCGAAACAGAGGGAACGGGACACUG